AUGGAUAGUUUGAAGCAUGGAAUCGAGAAGUUUGAUGGAUCUGAUUUCAGUUUCUUGAAGAUGCAGAUCAAAGAUUAUCUGUACCAGAAUGAUCUUCACGAACCGGUUAUCGGGGUGAAGCCGAAAUCCACGACGGAGGUGAAGUGGAAACUUAGGGAUCGCCAGGCUCUAGGGUUGAGCCGGAUGACUUUGUCAAGAAAUGUGGAGUUCAACAUCAUGACGGAGAAGAGUACGUCCGGUCUGUUAAAGGCACUGUCAAACAUGUAUGAAAAACCAUCGGCUAUGAACAACUUGGAUAGCACGGGAUAUGCAACAGAGUUUGGGAAUGGUUUGUGGAAGAUCGUGAAAGACUUGGACACAUGA